GAUCUGUUUCACCUGCCCACCAAGUAGCACACAGAUUUAAGGUAGCCGGGAUUCCCGAAACAAAACAAAGCAGAAGCAUAGAGGACGGAGCUACCCAUAGCACUGAUUAAUAUUAGAUCUCAUGGGGAACAUACACCAGGCCGGCGUCAAGAAAGAUGACCAUGGCGGCGGUGACAACCAGCAGCUACAGGUGGUCUCCGUUCUCGAGCUCCAGGCCGGCGUUGUGGAAGACCAGCCGCAGCCUCUCGGCGGAUGGCAUGCCGUCGAGGCAACCUCCAUGUUGGAAAAUUGCAAGACAAACAGUACUGCUACAGAUGAAGGCACCAGCAGCAGGAUAGAUAUCCUCGGGCCUGCAACCGAACAGAAUAUCCCAAAACCCAGUGAUCCUCCUCAUCCAUGCCCGCCGCCACAGUCGCUGCCGGAGGGUGUGCAGUCCGUGCUCAACACGUCACGGGUUAAUCGAAAGUGCAUUGGAGACGGUGAUGGCUUCACUGCUUAUGAGGAGAGGAUUGCAGGUGAUACAAACAUCCGAGAUCCACCGAAAUACAAAAUUAGAAUGAAGGGGAUUGAUGCACCGGAGCUGGAUAUGGAAUAUGGCAUGGAGUCAAAGGAUGAAUUGGUGAGGCUUAUUGGGGGGAAGCGUGUUUCGAUUCUUGUGUAUGGGCCAGACAAAUAUGGACGAUCUCUUGGUGACAUCUACUGUGACGGUGUCUUUAUCCAAGAACAAAUGCUGAAAGGGGGCUUUGCCUGGCACUACAAAAUGUGCGACAAACGUCCUGAAUUUGCAAAAUGGCAGAGAGAGGCGAAAAAGGCACGCCGAGGGCUUUGGUCGUUAGAUAAACCACAGAAACCAUGGAUUUGGAGGAGAGAUAAUCCACGCAUCGACAACAAGAAGGGGAAUGCAGAUGACAUUCAGGUAGAACCGCAGAACCAGGUCAAUGAGAGCGGUAUAGCUCUACCAUUGCUGAUAAUGAAAGAUAUAGAGGAUCUGGGUAGGAAAUGGAAAGGGAGUUUGGAAAAUUUUGUGUCUGAGAACAUGAAACUACACGAUCAGGUACAGGAGUUAAAGAGAGAUAAGAAGGAGGCUGAGGAACGUGCUAGGAAGGCAGAAAAAGAAAUGGAAAGUGUUGUGGCUGACAACAUGAAGCUGAAUGCUCAGCUUCAGGAAUCUGAAAUUAAUAAAAAGGAGGCCGAGGACCGAGUUUUACAGUUGGAUUUCUUCUCAGGAAGUGUUGCAGCUGUGAACAUGGAUUUGCACAAUAAGAUUGAGGUUUUAGAGAAUGAGAAUAAAAAGGCCGAGGACCGAGCAAAGGAGGCAGAAAGUGAAAUGGAGAGUGUUGUGGCUGAGAACAGGAAACUGAACGAUCAGCUCCAGGUAGUAGAGGGCCAAGCAGUGAAGCUGAAAUUUUUUUGUGAAAAGGUUGCAGGUGUAAACAUAGUUUUGCACCGUAAGCUGGAGGGUUCAGAGGAGAAGAAUAAAAUGUCCGAGGAGCAAGCCAAGGAGACAGAGAAGGAGAUGAAAACUGUUCUGGAUGACAAUGUGAAACUAAGCGGUCAGAUUCAAAAAUUAAAUAUGUUAAAUAAAGAGAUUACCGCCUUUGCUAAUAAUAGUAAAAGGAAAUUGCAAAGUGUUCUAGCCGUAAACAUGGAUUUGGAUAAGAAGGGGGAGGAGGGAGCUACUUUGCCAAAUAAGGGAUUGGAAACCGUUGGAGUUGAAAACGUGAAGGGGAAAUUACAAGGCAUAAGUCACAAGAAGAGUGAACAAACUGUGGAGACCCCAUCGGCAACUCCAACCAAAGACUCUGGCAUGAAAAAACCCACUGUGUGGCGGAUAAAAACGACCGCAACGACAUCUUCGGCGCCUCCACCAAAGGGUCAUUAUGAAUAGACACAACUAUGUGUUGAAUUUAAGCUAUAUAUACAAGUUCAACGACGGCAUGUGUUGCUACAAAUUAAAAAAAAAACUAUAGAUUAUAUAAUCUAUAAUCACGUGGCAUUUUGUGUUUCACCUAAACAUAUUUCCUUUUGUUUUCUAUAAAUAAUAUAAUGACAUUUAAUUCUA